AUGUCGCGGAGGACGCUGGGUGGAGGUCGUGUUCUGGGCAACCCGAGUGCUCUCUCAUCUCCGUCCCCGCAGCCGAAGCCACGGGUGCUCUCGCCAACCGCCAGCAGCGUUUCACUUAAUUCACAGGCAUCUGUAUCACAGUUCUCGACAGAAACUCAAGAUCUCACUUCACGCAUCUCAAUAGAUAAUGGCGAUACUUCGAUAUCUGCCGCCCCGGCUGCUUCGGGGUCAAAGCUCUCCUGUCCGAUCUGCAGUGAGGAGAUGAUGACUUUGCUGCAGUUAAAUAGACAUCUCGACGACAUCCAUCAGAACCUGGAAGAUAUCCGACAAGAUGAAGUCAAAGACUGGUUCAAGGUCCAAAUGGAAAAGGCAAGGAAGUUCCAGCCUCUGGCAGUCCUAAACCAAAAGUUGAAAGGCCUGGAUGUGUUCGAAUCAAACGAGAACCAGGGCGCACUCCUUCCCAGCCGCCCACUAGCAUCUGCAGGCACUCCCGAACCUCCGAAACUAUUAGACCCCGAGGAUCUCAUCACAAAAGAGCACUGGCAAACAAGUUGCAUAUACGACGAGUGCCUAGAACCAUCAUGUGGGAAACGAUUGAAUGCCACCAACGGCUGCGUAAACUGUCGGAGUUGCGGGAAACUGUUUUGCGAAGAACACACAAUGUACCAAAUGAAACUCUCACGGGCAGCGCACCAUGAACCAGUGCGAGGAAUAUGGGCUCGAGUAUGCGAAACCUGCUACAAGUCAAGGGAGGGGUACAAUGAUAAUAAUGGAAUCACGAGAAACCAGACGGAGGCAUUCAAGUCAAUAAGAAAACACACUGUUGAUAAGGAAUUUUUGGAGAUUUCCCGGCUCGAGAAACGAUUGACCCGUCUCACACAGAUGUUGGCUAAUCUGCCACCAGAUCAAAUACAUCCCAGUGCAACCAAGCUUUGGUCUCUUGCGUGGCAGAAUGAUCAACGUAAGGAAAUAGAGCAAACGAUUGUCAGCUGGCAAGAUGAUGCCAGUGUUUCACGAUGUCCGUUUUGCCAGCAAGACUUUUCGGGAUAUACGUUCCGCAGACACCACUGCAGAACUUGCGGACGAGUCGUCUGUGGGGAUCCUAGCACUGAGUGCUCUAGUGAGAUUCCGCUGAGCAUUUCUCCUGCCACAUCCGAGAAAACAAAUGGCGAUAACCUUGUCAAUAUUGAUGUGCGGCUAUGCAAGGAAUGUAAAGCGACACUAUUUGAUCGGCGCGAUUUUAAAGCAGAUAUGGCGCGAAAGCCACCAGAGAUGAGGGCCUAUGAAAACUUGAUCCAGUUUGAAAGAGGCAUCCGCCUUCAUCUCCCUAGAUUCCAAAAACUUUUGACAGCUUUACAGGAUCCAAGGCGACCUCCAUCAUCGGCCCAGAUCGCAGAUGCAUCUAAGGUGCGCAAACGACUCAUUGACUCUUUUGCGCAGUAUGAUAUUGCAGCUCGACGUAUCCGUGACAUGCCGACGCAGUCCCCCACACAACAAAAGCUGCAGAAGGCUAUAUAUCAACAAGCUAGCAAUUUCCUUCACCUCCAUAUGUUACCUUUGAAAUCUCUCCCCAAAAUUCUCAAGCAUACAACCCCUGCGUCAGAGAGAAUACCAAGCCGCACAAGCUCCCCGAGUACUCCAGUCAAUGGCUCUACAACAAAUCUCCGGCCAUCAGAGCCUGCCCUUGCGUCCAUCAAGUACAACAGUGUUGCCGCUAGCGGUAGCAAUACCAGCCUAGCCAGCGACACCAGCAGUGCCGUCUCAGCCCUGGAGGCAGAAGAAAAAUCCCUUCGAGACCGGCUGAUCGUGUUAGAAGAACAGAAGUUCUUUGUGUCCGAAAUGAUCGCUGAUGCCAAUCGGCGGCGCAAGUUCGAUGAAGUGAGCAGCCUAGCUAUGAACGUCGAGGACCUAAGUCAUGAGAUCGAUCGCGUCAAUGGCAUGCUUGCAGGUCUCGACUUCGAAGGUGUUUACACGGGGAAUUUGCAGCCAAGCACUUGA